AUGGACAAGCUUCGCAUGCUUCGUCCUGAUUCUCCUGGGAUGUAUCCGGCCCAUACAGACUCAUCCUUGAUAACAGUCGCACCGAAGAGCUCUGCACCCGGGCUGGAGGUGAAGGAUCUACAGACCGGCGAGUGGUUCAAUGUCGAGGACUUGUUGAAUGAUGGUGAAGCACUUCUCUUUGUGGGAGACCCAUUGGACUAUGCUUCUGGCCACAGGUAUCCUGCUUUGAUGCACAGGCCGGCUGUAUGCAGAGGCAGCUCCGCCGCUUCAUCGAUGGAGCAUCGCAUCUCCACGCCUUUCUUCCUGUACCCUCGGUCCGAUGCGGUCUUGGCCCCAGGCUGGCUCCCGCGCUUGGUCUUUGAGGAUUUGAACGGGAACGUAAACAAAUGCCGCGAUCGCUUUCCGUGGAAGAAGCACACAUGCUACUACAGCGACCUCGUGUACUCCGAGCAGAAAGAUGCGUCGCCCUGA